AUGGUUGAAAUCUGCGACCGCGCAAUCAGGCAGGCCCGGGACGAGACCGGCGACGACGAUUCUAGCCGAUCCAACUGCUCGCACAAGGAGACCUCACGAGCCCUGCCGAAGAUCGCUCUACCGAAGUUCGCCGGAGAAUAUCACGCGUGGCUGACGUUUCGCGACUUGUUCAAGUCCAUGGUCAGCCUCAAUCCUGAUAUCCGACCCGUGGAGAAGCUCCACUAUCUCAAGACUCACAUCAGCGGCGACGCCGCGCGCCUGAUCUCCAACUUCACCAUCACCGCGGACAACUACGCUUCGGCCUGGGGUGCCCUGUGCGCCCGAUACGAUAAUAAACGCCUCCUUGUGCACUCUGGAUCGCCUGUUCGCGGCCGCUACGCUCACGAGCGGCCGCCGGUCUAA